AUGUACUUCACCCUUGUGGGCGGGCACUAUACCGAGAUCGGCAUCUUAAUGCAGAAAUGGUCCUCGUGCGCGGAGAAUCUACAGGUAGAGCCGGUCAUAGGCUUUGGCGAGUUGCUGGCCACCAUCUUGGCUUGUUUGGACCUCGAGAUGAACGCUCCGGAUCCCAGUGAAGAUGCCAAAGAGUCCUCGGCCAUGUUGGGCAUUGCGCUGAACAUGUUGCGAAGCAACAACCCCACCGCGGUCAAGGUGUUCUUGGUGACCUCGGCGACCAAGCCGGCCUUCUACACCCGCAUCAUGAAGAUGAUCAUGCAAGUCUUCGGGCACAGCAAGAAGGCUCCCACGGUGUCCGCGCUGAAGAACGGCGCCAACUCCAAGAUCUUGGCCGGGCUGUUUGACGUCAUGGGCGCCCUGAUUGCCUUGCCGGGCGUUGACGACCUUGUAGAGGAGAGAUCAUCCACGGCCAUGAGUACCGGGGCCAGCUGA